AUGAAUAUAUUAAAAGUCAUAUCAAUUGCAAAUUUUUUUCUUUUUUUUAGUUUGAAUUUCAAAAGUUAUAUUAAAGAUAAUACGAACUAUUUAAAUAAUGUAUUAAUAAUAAAUAGAUAUUUGUCUUCUAAUACUCCAAAUGCUACUGGGCAAGCAGGAGCAUCAGAAACAGCAGGAACAGCAGGAACAGCAGGAACAGCAGGAACAGCAGGAACAGCAGGAACGGCAGGAACAGCAGGAGAAGCAGGUAAACCAAGUAGCACUAACGUAAAUCCAGCAAAACAAGGUUCAGAGACUGCAUGUGGUAAUAAAAAAACAUCACAUGAUGCCUCAAUUCAUCAAGGGGAGGAUACAGAUAAUGCACCUGGGGAAACUAAUUUACUAGAAGAAAUGGAAGAACCACCACAUGAUGAUACAAAUGCUUCAAUAAAUAAGGUUUUUUCAGUGCUUUCUGCUACUGCUAUUUUUGUAUUAUUUUUACUAUUGUAA